UCCCGCGCGUGCGCACUGAGCGCGCCCCGCCCGCCAUGUCGAGCCGCGGGAAGCGGGACCGGGAGCCGCGCGUUUCCUCCUCCUCCUCAUCAUCGUCGUCGCUGUCCUCGUCGCGGAGCCGCCGGACGGGGGAGGCGGAGCGGGCGCGGGGUCGCCGGGAGGCGGAGCGGGUGCGGAGGGAGGCGGAGCUGCCCUCGCGCACCGGGAGGGACACGAGCGGCCCCGCGGGCUCCGGGCGGGGGAAGCGGCAGCGCGACAGUGAGGGGGAGUCCGAGCCUGAGCCCGAACCCGUGCGUUAUGGGCGCUUCGAUCCCGAGGACCAGCGCAGCCGCCACUGCCCCUACCUGGACACCAUCAACAAGAGUGUCCUGGACUUUGAUUUCGAGAAGCUCUGCUCCAUCUCACUGUCCCACAUCAACGUCUACGCCUGUCUCGUCUGCGGGAAAUACUUCCAGGGCCGCGGGCUGAAGUCUCACGCCUACAUCCACAGCGUCCAGUUCAGCCACCACGUGUUCCUCAACCUCCACACCCUCAAGUUUUAUUGUCUCCCCGAUAACUACGAGAUCAUCGAUUCCUCUCUGGAGGACAUCACGUACGUGUUGAAGCCCACCUUCACCGCCCAACAGAUCGCCAACUUGGACAAGCAAGCCAAGCUCUCUCGCGCCUACGAUGGCACCACGUACCUUCCCGGCAUCGUGGGACUCAACAACAUCAAAGCCAACGACUACGCCAACGCCGUCCUCCAGGCUUUAUCCAACGUGCCGCCGUUGAGGAAUUACUUUUUGGAAGAGGAGAACUACAAAGGCAUCCAGCGUCCGCCUGGGGACAUCAUGUUCCUCUUGGUGCAGCGCUUUGGGGAGCUGAUGAGGAAGCUCUGGAAUCCUCGGAACUUCAAAGCUCACGUCUCGCCUCAUGAGAUGCUGCAAGCCGUGGUCCUCUGCAGCAAGAAGAACUUCCAGAUCACCAAACAAGGAGAUGGGGUGGAUUUCCUCUCCUGGUUCCUCAACGCGUUGCACUCGGCGCUGGGCGGCACGAAGAAGAAAAAGAAGACCAUCAUCACCGACGUCUUCCAGGGCUCCAUGCGCAUCUUCACCAAAAAGCUGCCUCACCCAGACCUGCCGGCCGAGGAGAAGGCGCAGCUCCUGCAGAACGCCGAGUACCAGGAGACGAUGGUGGAAUCCACCUUCAUGUACCUGACUCUGGACCUUCCCACCGCUCCGCUCUACAAGGACGAGAAGGAGCAGCUCAUCAUCCCCCAGGUGCCCCUCUUCAGCAUCUUGGCCAAAUUCAACGGCGCCACCGAGAAGGAGUACAAGACCUACAAGGAGAACUUUCUCAAGCGCUUCCAGCUCACCAAACUGCCGCCCUACCUCAUCUUCUGCAUCAAGCGUUUCACCAAGAACAACUUCUUCGUGGAGAAGAACCCCACCAUUGUCAACUUCCCCAUCACGAACGUGGACCUGCGGGAGUACCUGUCGGAAGAGGUACAGGCGGCGCACGCCAACACCACCUACGACCUCAUCGCCAACAUCGUGCACGACGGGAAGCCCUCGGAGGGCUCGUACCGCAUCCACGUCUUACACCACGGCACAGGAAAGUGGUACGAGCUGCAGGACCUGCAGGUGACGGACAUCCUGCCCCAGAUGAUCACCCUCUCUGAGGCCUACAUCCAGAUCUGGAAGCGACGUGAGGAGGAUGAGACGAACCAGCAAGGUGCCUGAGCUCCUCGGAGAAACCCGGGGGGCACCCAGAGCCCCCCCGGAGCGCCCAGUGUUCUCCCAGGGGUGCCCAGAGCCCCCCCAGGGCACCCAGUGGCCCCCCAGGAGCACCCAGGGCACCCAAUGGUCCCCCGGGGGCACCCAGAGCCUCCCCAGGAGAACCCAGGGCACCCAAUGGUCCCCCAGGGGCACCCAGAGCCACCCCAGGAGCACCCAGGGCACCCAAUGGUCCCCCGGGGGCACCCAGAGCCACCCCAGGAGCACCCAGGGCACCCAAUGGCACCCCUGGAGCACCCAGAGCCCCCCCAGGAGCACCCAGGGCACCAAAUGGUCCCCCAGGGGCACCCAGAGCCCCCCCAGGAGCAUCCAGGUCACCCAAUGGUCCCCCAGGGGCACCCAGAGCCACACCAGGAGCACCCGAUGGCCCCCCAAGAGUGCCCAGAGCCCCCCCAGGAGCACCCAAUGGCCCCCCAGGGGUGCCCAGAGCCCCCCCAGGAGCACCCAAUGGCCCCCUAGGGGUGCCCAGAGCCCCCCCUGGAACAUCUAAUUGCCCCCCAGGAGCACCUAGAGCACCCCCAGGAGCAUCCAGGUCACCUAAUGGUCCCCUGGGGCACCCAGAGCCACCCCAGGAGCACCCGAUGGCCCCCCAGGAGUGCCCAGAGCCCCCCCUGAGCACCCAAUGGUCCUCCAGGAGCACCCAGGGCACCCAAUGGUCCUCCAGGGGUGCCCAGAGCCCCCCCAGAAUACCCAGAGCCCCCCCAGGAGCACCCAAUGUUCUCCCAGGGGUGCCAAGAGUCCCCCAGGAGCACCCGAUGGCCCCCGAGGAGUGCCCAGAGCCCCCCC